GAUCGUAUAUGGCGGUUAAUGCGAGGGCAGCUGGACGCGUGGCGUGUGGAACGGUGGGAUCCGACGGUGUGUUUUUCAGGGGGUUGUUAGGGAGGAUGACGGAUAGUGUUCCCGAAUAUCAGUUGCAGGAUGAGGAUGUCGAGGGAUUAUAAAGACCCAUAACCGCCAUGGAGUCAUCAUACCGUGUUCAGUCCACACACACAGCGACAUAUCUGCAGGGACGGGACUGUUUGUGUCGUUCUAUUGAGCAUCAAGAUGUUUCGUGUGCUUUUUUCACUCCUUUUGGCAACAUUCGCUCUUGGUAUGAAAACUGCCGGUAAAAGAUGCGCAUGCGCAUCAGUCGAUACUGAAAUAGAAGUGAAAUACGGAUCAAGUGAAGACAACUUUGGCCUUCUGGAAUCUCCGAAUUGUCUCCCUUACCAAGGCCAACAGGAAGCCCUCAUCGACGGCAGAAUUUACGCCAACGUGUCCUACUACGGCCAGCCCGCCUGGGUUCUAACCUCGGACAUCUACAUUAAAGAUUGCUACGAUUCAUUUGACUGUGUCUGUGUCAAAGAAGAUGUAGAUGUGCAUGAAUCACAUAACACGAGUGGUGUCCCCUUGGCGACCUUGACCUCAGGACAGUGCAGAAGAAUUCGGGGAGACAUUUUCAACUGCACUAACGGAACAUUCGUACCUGUUCAACACGGGAGUGAGAUUGGUUGGAUCAUGAAGGGGGAGAUAACUUUCCACAAAGAAUGCCAGCCCGACAGUCAUCUCGCGGGUUGUCCAGUCCUCAUCACCCGUUCCGAGUGGGGGGCACGCCCUGCGCGUCUGGGGGUCGGGACUCUGGUGAAAACACCUGACUACGUCAUCAUCCACCAUGGAGCUUCGGGUGGUUGCAACACCAAAGAAGACUGCGUCAAAAUGAUGCAAAGCUACCAGAACUUCCAUCUGGAUGGACGCGGCUGGUCUGACAUCGGCUACAACUUCGCCAUCGGCGAUGACGGCAACGUGUACGAGGGGCGAGGCUGGGACGCUGUGGGGGCACACACUGGGGGCUGCAACAGUAAAUCUAUCGGAAUUGCUUUCAUCGGCAAUUUUAACAACCGGGAGCCCAGCGAGGCAGCACUUGACGCCUUGAAGAAGAUGCUAGAAUGCAGCGUGCGUAACGGCAAACUGAUGACGUCGUUCAGGCUGCUUGGUCGUCGAGACGUGACGAUGCGUUUUUGGUCGGAAUCUCCUGGAGACAAGCUGUAUGCCAUCAUCCAGAAGUGGAAGCAUUACAAUGCCACUGACGCUUGUGCCUAAACCACUUUUAAAAGUUCAGCUGUUGAAAUGGCUUGCUUUUUGUGCUGUUCCUCAAAUUAAUGACAUUGUUAUAUCCCCCGUUGAUGAUUCUGAAUGUCAUGGCAAGGACACUGACAAGUGAGUGAGUUUGGUUAAACGUUUUUAACAUUUAUACCAUAGCGUGACAGUUGGAUGGGGAAAGCCCCCAGUGAUGCAGGUCGUACACGUUUGACUUGUGAAAACUCACGUGCACGGGUAUAGCGCUGACAAGUGUAGAAACAGAAUCUACUUUCUACUUUGGGUUUAACGCCGCUUUGUAAAGCAUUCCAGUUAUAUCACGGCGUGUCAGCGGUGUUAGUGGGAAAACCCGAAGCGAUGUGGGUCUCAGACGUUUACCACUUUCGGUAAAAUCCACGAGCACGGGCAUGGUGCUGACAAACCUAGACACAGAAUCAGGGGAAUUGGGAUUCGAUCCCACAAUCAUAGGUUUCUGGCACACACAAGGGACGUAACUCUGCAUAACUAAUAGUUAAGCCAUAGGUACCUGAGGAUAAUAGCAACCACUACGGUGAUGGCGAGGGACAGUAAGUUGCCAGUUGCCAGGCUGACGCCAGUAAUGUCUAUAAAUACGACUGUUAGAAAAAAAUGAAGAAAUAAUCGAGAGAAAUAAUAUCUUUAAGGGAAUUUAUGGCACAAAAGAGGUGUACAGAGUACCUAGAUGAGGGUGGGGCGCAGGGAUGCUGGGAUCCUGGGAUGCGCGCGCAUACACACACACACGCUAACACACACACACCCACACACACACACACAGAACCUGUGGGUAUAUAUUUGAACAACCUGUUACUAAAUCUUUUUUGCACUCAUAUCUUGAACAAAACUCAUAAUUUGAUGGCCUAAUUUUGGCUAAUAAACCCGAAUUAUGUGCCCAAAGAGCGUUGUGCCCAUUCCUUUCUUCUUAUUUGACCAGCGAAUAUUGCAUGAACUAAAGUCAGCUGGACUAUGAGCGUGUUGUGUAUUUACUCUUGUUAAACAGAUGUGCUUCUCAUGCACCAACAGACUUUGUUUGAUAUAUAUUCCUCUGCUUUAUGUGUUUACAAUAAACAACUCUCAGCCU